AUGACAGCGGCGAAGAACGAGUCUUCUAUUAAGAUGAUGAAUCAGGAUCUCAUCAAAUUGGAUCAGUUUGAUGGCAACAACUUCACCCGUUGGAAGGACAAGAUGAUUUUCCUUCUAACUGCAUUGAAGUUAUACUACAUCCUUGAUCCGAACACUCAACCAAUUCCAGACCCUCCGGAGUCGGGAGCAGAUAAAUUCAAGGAACAAAGGCUUCAACGUGCCGAAGAUGCGUUGAUGUGCCGUGGGCAUAUUUUGCAUGCUUUGUCAGAUCGUCUCUAUGAUUUUUACAAAGAAACAAAGACUGCAACAGAAAUUUGGAAUGCUCUGGAAUUCAAGUAUAAGGUUCAAGAAGAAGGUACAAACAAAUUUCUAAUUGCCGAAUACUUCGAUUUUCGUAUGAUUGAUACCAAGCCCAUUUUAGACCAGAUUCAUGCUUUGCAAACUGUUGUUAAUAACAUCAGUAGUAUGAACAUCAUUCUUCCUGAGGCUUUUCAAGUUGGGGCUAUAAUUGCAAAAUUGCCGUCGUCGUGGAAAGGCUACAGGAAGAAACUUCUGCAUAAGGCGGAAGAUUUCUCCCUUGAGCAAAUUCAGAAACAUCUCCGAAUUGAAGAGGAAUCUCGUAAUAGAGAUAAGAAGGGAGGGAAUUCUUUUAAGACUGAUGUUCAUAACAUUGAAUCUGGUUUUGGUUCUAGUUCUAACUGUCCCAACAACAAAAGGAAGAGGAACAAUAAGAAGAAGAACGAUAAAUGCUACAAUUGCGGUAAAAAAAGGGCACUACGCUAA